GGUAUCAUUGUAAAUCCUGAUAAAGUGUUGUAUUGAGCAAAAUAUAACAUUUAUGUUUUCUCUAUGGCUUAAGGUCCUGUGUGCUGAGCUAGUAACCAGAAGGAUGGGAGUUUGAUGUUGAUUGUGGGGUCCUAAUUUUGUGUCUCCUCCCUCUCCCCUCCCACAUGACCCACCAGGCAACUGCCUGGCUGAAUGGAGAAGUAUGUCCAGGAAGCCUGCCUCUGGUGCAUUGUGGAUGACUGUGGCAGUGCUUUCACCAUGGGCAUUCUCAGUGGCAGCAUACUCCAGGCUGUCAAGGGCUUCAGCAAUGCCCUUGUGGUCAUCUGUCACUGGCUUUGGGGAAGCAUCAAUGCCAUGUGGGUCCAAGCCCCCCAGAAUGGAAGUGGUUUCAUGGCGUGGGGCAGCCUCUUCAUCAUUGACUGUGAACUAGUGCAGAUACAGGGCAAGGAGGGUCCUUGGAACUCUAUCACCAGUGAAGCCCUCACAGGUACUCUCCUCACUUCCUGCAAACCCCUGGCCAUGGUGGGCUUGCCCAUGACAGGGGACAUCCUCCUGGCCCUGAUCGAGGGCCUCAGGAUCCUGCUCACCCACUUCAUGGUCCAGCAGUUACAGAACCCCACUCCCUUCAUGAAGAAUCUCAUCCAGCUGCCCUCCAAGGACAGCUGCACUCCCACCAGCUACUCAGGCUACAGACAGUAUCAGUGAACCCCGACCCAUAAAAAGAAAAGGGAAGG